AUGGCCGAUAACAAUCCCUCGCCGAAGGGCGUCAGUGGCCCGAGCCCUAAAUCAGGCCCAAGGCGGAAUUUAUCCUCCGCCCCCGGGAAGGCGGGAGGGCGGAGCAGAUAUGCCUCAAGGGCAUGUCAGGAGUGUCGUCGACGACGUGUAAAGUGUGACGGUGAUAAGCCAUCGUGCUCUCGGUGUCUUGACCGCCAGUUAUCUUGUAUUUAUACUACAGAUGAUGACGGCCGGGGGACGGCUCCGAAGGCCUAUGUCCGGCAGCUACAGGCACGGAUAAACAUUCUGGAGCGGAUACUUUGGCUCCAUUCUAUCGAUGUUGAUGCGUCCGCGGCUCAGUUACUGGCACAGGACGUGGUCCCCAAUACCACAUCACUGACUACUGGCGGCUCUUCUGCCUUUGACCAGCUCUGUACUGCCUUUGAAGGCACACUUUACCUAGAUGACUACCUUAAUUUUGAUAGUGAUGGCGAGGCUCGUUACUUCGGCUCGGCAAGUGGCCGGACCGCGUUUCAAGGGUGUAAUGCGUCUCUGGAACACCCUAAUCUCGAACGCCAUAUUGAAGCGCCAAAUAUGUACACCCAGGCAAUUUCCAACGGGGCUCGGAUUCCCGAAGAGCUCGAGUCCCAUCUACUUGAAUUAUAUUUUACUUGGCAAGGUCCAUUCUGUCAAGUUGUAGACGAAGCUCUUUUCCGUGAGAGUAAGGCAAAUAACGGCAGAUACUUCAGCCCGUUGCUACUCAACUGUAUACUCGCUUCUGCAUCCCGCUACUCCGAUCGAGUCGAGGUGCGGUCGGACCCCCAGGAUUCUAAUACAGCUGGCCGUGCCUUCCUCGAAAUGGCGGAAGCGCUUCUGUAUCUAGACCUCAGGCGCCCGAAUAUUACAACACUACAAUCUCUCGCCGUAUUGGGGACGGCAUAUGUGGCUUUCGGCCAUGAUGCCGCUGGCUGGCUAUGCCAGGGCAUGGCUAAUCGACUAGUACUGGACAUGGGACUUCAUUUGGAUUCAAACAUACUGAACAGCCCCAAUCGUAUCACUGAGGCCGAAGCUGAACUUCGGAGGCAAAUAUACUGGUCGUUAUAUUGUGACGACAAAUUGGCUGCCAGCUAUACAGGCCGGGUCUGCACUAUGCUUGACUUCCAAGGAGUAGUAGGCUUGCCGUCCCUACCUAGUCCAACCGAUCAGCCUGACCAACGCUGCACCUCGACUCUGGUCAGCCAAGCUCUGCUAGUUCACUUCCAAAGAUCCCUGAUUGCUCUCAGCCAGAUACUAGAAAAGAUUCAUCUUAAUCUGUACGCCCCUAAAAGACUCGCCCACGGAGGCCAAAAGCGAAGCUUCUUCGACUCGUGUCUUCUUGCCCUCAAAACCUGGUGUUACGGCUUGCCACCGGAACUCAAGCCCGUGAGAUCGGGGACACCUAAUAAAUUCCCGCAGGCCUACACGCUAUGCAUGAUCUACAACACAGCCAUUAUUCUUCUCACAAAGCCGUAUCUAGCAGAUCAUGGAUCGCGACGCUCUCCCAGCCCACAACAGCCGCAGCAACCACUUGAUAGCCUCGCCCAAAAGGCCUCCACCAUUCAACUUGAGGCCGCAAAACAGAUAGGCUCACUGGGCGAACAAUACCGGGAGGUGUUUGGUAGUUUCCGGAAGAGCCCCAUAACGGCUACCUACUGCAGUCUUUCCGCUGCCCUGGCACUUCUUAAUCCUUAUCCCCAAGGAGCACAGGAUGCAGGUCCGGGCAAUAUUGAUAUGGAAAAGGUGAAUUCAUGUCUCAAAACCCUCCAAGAGCUGUCUGAAUCGUGGGUACCUGCUGGCAAGUACCAUUGUAGUCUCGUGCGAAUGAUAAACGGCCCUGAUGCCAGCGGACAACAAGCACCUCCUGGGAAGGUUAUUAAUGCCGCUCCCGAUGAGGUAUACGUGCCAUCCUGGAGUCAAACAUAUAGUCAGAGCACGAUAGUUCCACCCGAAGGAGGAUGGGGUCAGAAUGGUUCUGGACUUGACUGGUCGAUGUGGACGAACUCGGGCUUAGCGAAUGACGGCUCGUUGACCUCUGGUGGGGAGAUACCUGGACUGUUUGAUUUGCCUUCGUGGCUGCAUGAAGAUAUAGAUAGCAGUAUCAAUGAUCUGUCAUGGGAACAGUCUUUAUAA